UAGACGUGUUCAAGUGUUAUGUGUUGAGCAAGCCAACGACUAUCGAGACCUGAAGCUCCUCCUGAAAUAUUCUGCCAUAAAUCAUGCUGCAGAAAUGUCUUCCUCUCUCUCUCUGUCUCUGUCUCUCUGUCUCUCUCUCUCUCUCUCUCUCUCUCCCCCUCUCUCUCACUCUCUCUCUCACACACAGUAUUUCCUUCUCUCAGCAGUGUGCUUGAUGUCGAUUGGAACAGCAGCAGCUGAACCCAGCAGCAGAAGAUGGAUAACUUUCAGGAAGACACGUCCAACCAAUCGUAUCUGGACUACAACGACACAGACUUUGACUACGACUUGAUCGGCCCAUGUUCUCCGCAGAACAACCACAGUGUGCAGUUGGUUGUCGGGCCGUACGUUCACUCCAUCAUCUGCAUUCUGGGCCUGGUGGGCAACAGCCUGGUGAUUGUCACCUACGCCCUCUACAAGAGGACCAAGUCCAUGACGGAUGUGUACCUGCUGAACGUGGCGGUGGCUGACCUGCUGUUCGUGGCGUCGCUGCCGUUCAUCGUCUACAACGAGCUGUCGGCCUGGUCCAUGGGGCCGGUGGCGUGCAAGCUGCUGCGCGGCUCCUACAGUGUGAACCUGUACAGCGGCAUGCUGCUGCUCGCCUGCAUCAGCACCGACCGCUAUGUGGCCAUCGUUCAGGUGCGCCGCAGCUUCAGGCUGCGCUCGCUGGCCUACAGCCGCCUCAUCUGCGCCGCCGUGUGGGCGCUUGCCGGGCUGCUGUCUUUGCCCUCCUUCUACUUCUACAGCUGGUACCAGCCGUCCCACAGCAGGGACGCCUUCAUUGAUGAGAAGCACAGUAACAGCACCGCCGGCGCAGAGUACGUCUGCGAGUUCAGGUUCAGGUAUACCACUGAGGCACAUACCACCAAGGUGGCGCUGCCCAGCAUGCAGCUGGCCGUGGGCUUCUUCCUGCCGCUGCUCGUCAUGGUCUUCUGCUACAGCGCCAUUGUCGGCAAGCUGCUAAGGGCCAGGAAUUUCCAGCGCCACAAGGCGGUGCGCGUGGUGCUGGCCGUGGUGGCGGUGUUCGUGGUCUGCCAACUGCCCUACAACCUCACGCUGCUGUACGACACCGCCAGCAUGUUCCGGCUGCAGAGCUGCGAAGGUGCUGACGUCCUGCAGGCGGCCAAGACCGUGACUCAGACCCUGGCCUACCUGCACUGCUGCUUGAACCCCGUGCUGUACGCCUUCGUUGGGGUGAAGUUCAGGAACCACUUCCGGAGGAUUGUGCAGGACCUGUGUUGCCUGGGGAAGAGGUACAUCAGGCCACGGCGCUUCUCCAGGGUCACCUCCGAGAUCUACGUGUCCAGCCGCCGCUCCGUGGACGGAUCCAGCGAAAAUGGCUCGUCUUUCACAAUGUGAGGACGUCCGGGAACAUCUCUGGAGGUCCAAAUCGGACUCUGAAAAUCAUCAGGUUCCAUAGAGGUUUUUUCCCCUUCAUUAGGAUCCCCAUUAGCACUAGCAUGAGCAUCGGCUUCGUGACGAGACAAACCCGAGGGCUUUGACGUUAGACACAAAAACCAGCUGCAUCUUUAAUCUGUCCUGACGUCUUCAGGACUCACUGAAGUGAAAUCAACCUGAGAAGGAAACUCACAGCCGGGAGACGAACACAAAGUUUAAUGUUUCAAAAGUUAAAAAUCAUCUGUUUACAUGAAAAGUUUACCAGCUGUUUUUUCAAACUGACCUCAGACUCUCUCCUCAGCGUCAUGAAUAAAGAAAUAUUCAUCAGUUCAGAGAGUAAAAGAAUAACAGAGAAUGACUCUGUACCAAAACCCAGACACAGGUCAGGUAAACUGUAAACUCAGAGACUUUUAUUUGAGACCUUCCAUCCUGCGUUUUUGUUUUUAUCUGUGUAACAUUUAAACCUAUGAUUGUAACAUCACUUAGAGUAAAUGUAUCUGUAGACUGAAUAAAUGUUGGUUUUAACACAG